AUGUCCGUCAACUUCCCCAGGGAAGAAGAGGCCAUCAUCGAGCGAUGGCGCGACAUCAAUGCCUUCCAUCGCCAGCUUGAGCUUUCCGCCGGCCGUCCGCCUUACACCUUCUACGACGGCCCGCCAUUUGCAACUGGCCUGCCUCACUACGGUCACUUGCUGGCAUCCACUAUCAAGGACAUUAUACCUCGUUACUGGUCCAUGAAAGGCUACCAUGUCGAGCGUCGCUUUGGCUGGGACACACAUGGCCUGCCAAUUGAGCACGAAAUCGACAAGAAGCUUGGCAUUUCGGGCAAGGCUGCUGUGACCCAGUUUGGCAUCGACAAGUACAACGCCGAAUGCCGUUCCAUUGUCAUGCGCUACUCGAACGAGUGGCGAUCGACCAUCGAGCGACUCGGCCGCUGGAUAGACUUUGACAACGACUACAAGACUAUGGAUCCAAAGUUCAUGGAGUCCGUUUGGUGGGUAUUCAAGCAACUCUUCGACAAGGGGCAGGUCUACCAAGGCGCCCGGGUCAUGCCCUACUCGACGGCCCUGACGACGGCCCUGAGCAACUUCGAAGCCAACCAGAACUACCAAGACGUCACGGACCCAGCCGUCGUCGUUUCUUUCCCCCUUUUGGACGAUCCGGACACCCAUCUUCUCGCGUGGACCACGACGCCGUGGACUCUCCCGUCACAUACCGGCCUGGCUGUCAACCCGGACUUCGACUAUGUCAAGAUUCAUGAUGAGAAAUCUGGCAAGACGUAUGUUCUGCUCGAGAAGCUUCUCGGCACCCUGUACAAGGACCCCAAGAAAGCCAAAUUCACAAUCGUGGGCAAAGUUCGAGGCCAAGAAAUGCUGGGCUGGCGCUAUAAGCCACUGUUUGACUAUUUCUACGACGACUUCAAAGAUGUCGGCUUCCGGGCUCCAGCCUUCGGUGAAGAGGAUUACAACGUGGCCAUGGAGGCCGGCACCAUCACCGAGAAGAGACCCCCCCCCGAUCCGGUCAACGACACUGGCCACUUCACCGACCGCGUCCCCGAUUUUGCCGGCAUGCAUGUCAAAGAAGCAGACAAACACAUCAUCAAGCAUCUCAAGAACGCCGGCCGUCUUGUGGUCGAUUCACAGAUCAGACACUCCUACCCCAUGUGCCCCCGGUCCGACACCCCCCUCGUAUACCGAGCUGUUCCAUCCUGGUUCAUCCGCAUACCCGAAAUCAUCCCCGUUAUGCUGAAAAACAUUGAAGGAUCUCACUGGGUCCCAUCCUUUGUCAAGGAGCGCCGGUUUGCCAACUGGAUCGUCAAUGCCCGCGACUGGAACGUGGGGAGAAAUCGUUACUGGGGUACGCCCAUCCCUCUCUGGGUCAGCGAUGAUCUGGAGGAGCGCGUCUGUGUGGGAAGCGUGGAGGAGCUGCGGGAGCUGAGCGGCUACGAGGGGGAAAUGGUAGAUCUCCACCGGGACAAGAUCGACCACAUCACGAUUCCCAGCAAAAUGGGCAAAGGCACACUCAAGCGAAUCAACGAAGUCUUCGACUGCUGGUUUGAAUCGGGAAGCAUGCCGUAUGCCAGUCAACACUAUCCAUUCGAAAACGUCGACAAGUUCAAGCAGUCGUUUCCAGGAGACUUCAUCGCCGAGGGUCUCGAUCAAACAAGGGGCUGGUUCUAUACGCUGCUUGUGCUGGGCACCCACCUGUUUGGCUGUAUGCCGUUUCAGAACUGCGUCGUCAACGGCAUCGUGCUUGCCGAGGAUGGGAAGAAGAUGUCGAAGCGGCUGAAGAAUUACCCGGAUCCCACCCUCGUGAUGAGCAAGUAUGGGUCGGAUGCGCUCCGCCUCUAUCUCAUCAACUCACCCGUGGUGAGAGCAGAGCCACUGCGAUUCAAAGAAUCUGGGGUCAAGGAGGUUGUCCAGAAGGUGCUACUGCCUCUGUGGAAUAGCUUCAAGUUCUUUGAGGGCCAAACGGCUCUUCUGAAGAAAAACGAAGGUGUCGACUAUAUAUGGACGCCCGAGAAGCAGUCGCUCAACACUAAUGUCAUGGACCGUUGGAUCUUGGCGAGUUGCCAAAGUCUCCUGCAAUUCGUCAACGAGGAAAUGCGCGGAUAUCGGCUGUACACCGUUGUUCGCCGGCUUCUCGGGCUUCUUGACAAUACCACCAACUGGUAUAUCAGAUUCAACCGCCGGCGACUCAAGGGAGAGAACGGCCUGGAAGACACGCAGCACGCGCUUGAUGCGCUCUUUGAGGUCCUGUAUACCCUUUGCCGGGGCCUUGCACCCUUCACGCCCUUCCUGACGGAUACCAUCUACCUCAAACUUCUGCCACACAUCCCGGAGCACCUUCAAGGGACGGACCCUCGAAGCGUCCAUUUCUUGCCCUUCCCAGAGUACCUCGACGACGUCAAGUCGCUUCAGAACUACAUCACGGAGGAGCUGAAUCUCGUGACUGCCGACUGGGCGGUCCUGGGCAAGAAGUUGAGAAAGGACUUGGCACGAGUCAAAAAGGCGCUCCCGGGAUUGAGCAGCGAGCAGGUUCAGGCCUACAUGCGACAAAAGGAAAUUUUUGUGGAUGGCAUCCGAUUGGAAGAAGGAGAUCUUGUCGUGCAUCGGGGCCUACGAGAAGAUGCAGCCUCCAAGAGCCUGGAAGUCAAUUCUGACAGUGAAGCACUGACAAUCCUCGACGCGGAAAUCUACCCUGAAUUGGCCCAGGAAGGUUUGGCCAGAGAGGUCAUCAACAGAGUUCAACGACUCCGCAAGAAGGCUGGCCUUCAGGCCACGGACGACAUAAGGAUGGAGUACCGCGUCAUGUCUGACCCGGAGGAUGUGGGCUUGGCAGCGGUCUUGUCGUCGCAUGAAGCCGUCUUUGCGAAGACGCUGCGCCGGCCGUUGGAAAGACUUGAAGACGACAGCGAUGUCAAUGACAUGAUUGUCGAGGAGGAACAGGAAGUGCAACAUGCGACCUUCCUGCUAAGGCUGCUAAGGCUUUGA